AUGGCGGCCGUGCAAGUGGCAGGCGCGCUUCCAGGCGGGCCGCUCCGAGACACGUCGCAGGAGCCGCUCGCUAAACCCGGCGAUGGAUUCCGCUGCCUGUCGGCCCGACUUUGCGCCCUGCGCCCGGAUGACAGCAGCUCCGCCCGCACCGAGAUCCACCUGCUCUUCGACCAGCUCAUCUCCGAGAACUACAGCGAGGGCGGCGGCGGCGUGGCCCCGGAGGAUGUCAGUACUCUCCUCGUUCAAGCAUGCCGACUGGUGCCUCUUAACCAGAAUCAUCUUGUCAGCAAAGUGUCUCUACUUAUCCACCACUUACUUAACAGAUUACAGGUGAUUGUUGAUGAGCAGAACUUGGAUUUCCUGCUGACAUACACUAUUUCAGCUCUUCACCAGUGUAGUUCAUGGACACACAUGAAAAUCCUGCAAGCCCUGGCAGCCCUGGUGUACUGCAAUGGCUCGAAAUGUCAAAAGUAUCUCCCAGACUUGCUAGGCAAAACAGGGCUGCUGGUGAAAAUGAGUGACUUGGCUCAGUCUGACCCUGAAGUCAGGAGAGCAGCAGUGCACUGUAUGGCGAACUUAUGUCUCAGUGUGCCGGGACAGCCGUACUUGGAGGAGCCCUACCAGAGUGUCUGCUUCCGAGCUUUCUUGACCACUUUGCAGGCUCCUCAGUCACCUGAUACGGAUGAUAUCACCUUUUGCAUGUUGUUACAAAAUGCGUUAAAAGGUGUGCAGUCACUUUUGAAUGGUGGGAAGAUGAAGUUGACACAGACCGAUGAGCUUGGCGCUCUGCUCGCUGUGCUAAAGAAAUCUAUGUUUCAUGGACUCCCUGGACUGAACAUAGAGAUGCCCACAGUGUUAUACCCGACUCCACUUCCUCAGUAUGACGGGCGACCCCCUGCCAAACCCCAACAGCCAGAAUCCGGUGCUUCUCGACCAGCUCUGAGUAAAAAGAAAAAGCCAAAAGUAAAGCCCAAAAAAAGCCAGCAAGGAGAAGAGGAGGAAGAGGAGGAGGAGGAUGAAGAGUCCAGUGGUGGAAGAGAAGCUGCCCCCCGUCUGGGUGUUCAGAGUAUGGCGGUCGCUGCAAGUGGCACUCCGGGAAAAGCCCCAGUUCCCUUGUUCUCCAGUUCCUCCAGCUGGAAGUGGGUCAGCAGCAGUGAGUCCGACUACUCUGAUGCGGAGGGAGGCAUGCAAAGUAAAAUUAGGUCUUACCAGGCCAGAGUUCGCCAAGGAGCAUUAACUUGUUUUCUUUCUACGAUAAAAUCAAUAGAAAAAAAAGUCCUCUAUGGCUAUUGGUCAGCCUUUGUUCCUGAUACGCCAGAGCUGGGAAGCCCUCAGUCUGUGUCCUUGAUGACCCUGACAUUAAAAGACCCUUCUCCCAAGACCCGUGCCUGUGCCCUGCAAGUUUUAUCUGCCAUCUUGGAAGGCUCAAAGCAGUUUCUUUCUGUGGCUGAGGACACCAGUGAGCACAGAAGGGCUUUUACUCCGUUCUCUGUAACCAUCGCUUCCAGCAUUCGAGAGUUGCAUCGGUGUCUUUUGCUGGCUUUAGUGGCUGAGUCGUCCUCACAGACCCUUACUCAGAUAAUUAAGUGCCUUGCAAAUUUAGUAUCAAAUUCACCUUAUAACCGUCUGAAACUCAGUCUGCUGACCAAAGUCUGGAACCAGAUAAAGCCUUAUAUUCACCAUAAAGAUGUUAACGUUCGUGUGUCCAGCCUCACACUCUUGGGAGCCAUCGUGUCCACCAACGCACCUUUACCUGAAGUCCAGCUGCUGUUACAGCAGCCCUGUUCUUCGGGGCUCAAUAGCAGUUCAGCGACUCCCGAGUGGUGGAAGAAGACCCCGUCAGGAUCCGUGCGGGAUGAGCCAUCAGUGGGCUCCCCCCCGGGCUGUGCCGAGCCCUGCUGGCUGAUCCGACUCUGCGUUUCCACUGUGGUGCUGCCCAAGGAGGACUCGUGCUCCGGGAGCGAUGCUGCUUCUGCCCCGGGAAGCACCUAUAAGCCGUCCCCCGUGCGACUGGAGGCCUUACAGGUUUUGGCUCACCUGGCAAGGGGCUACUUUUCCAUAACUCAGGUCUAUUUGAUGGAACUUGGAGAGUUGAUUUGCAAGUGCAUGGGGGAGGCAGAUCCCUCCAUUCAGCUUCAUGGAACAAAGCUUCUGGAAGAGUUGGGUACAGGUUUAAUACAACAGUAUAAAUCAGAUUCUCCCACAGCACCUGCUCAGCGUGUGCCAGUCCCCUUGGUGGUGGCCUUCUGGACAUUGAUGCUGAACGGCCCUUUGCCCAGAGCCCUGCAGAAUUCCGAGCACCCCACUCUGCAGGCGAGCGCCUGUGACGCCCUGUCUUCCAUCUUGCCGGAAGCCUUCAGCAGCCUGCCGAAUGACAGGCAGAUCCUGUGCCUCACCAUGCUGCUGGGACUGAAUGACAGCAAGAACCGGCUAGUAAAAGCAGCGACCUCUCGGGCCCUUGGUGUCUACGUGCUUUUCCCCUGCCUGCGACAGGAUGUCAUCUUUGUAGCCGACACAGCAAAUGCAGUAUUGAUGUCACUUCAAGACAAGUCUCUGAAUGUCCGAGCCAAAGCAGCCUGGUCCCUGGGCAACCUGACGGACACUCUUAUCACCAACAUGGAUUCACCAGACCCAAGUUUCCAGGAAGAGUUUUCUGGUCUUCUGCUCUUGAAGAUGUUGCAGUCAGCCAUAGAAGCAUCCAAGGACAAAGACAAGGUGAAAAGCAAUGCAGUUCGCGCCCUUGGAAACUUACUUCAUUUUUUGCAACCAUGUCACAUAGAAAAACCCAGGUUCUCUGAGAUCAUCGAGGAGUCUAUCCAGGCCCUGAUUUCGGCUGUCUUGGCAGAGGCUGCCAUGAAAGUUCGCUGGAAUGCAUGCUACGCGAUGGGGAAUGUGUUUAAAAACCCGGCUCUCCCUUUAGGAACAGCCCCAUGGACCUCGCAGGCCUACAACGCCCUGACCUCUGUGGUGACAUCAUGCAAGAACUUCAAAGUGCGCAUCCGAUCGGCCGCAGCCCUUUCUGUCCCAGGCAAGAGGGAGCACUACGGGUCCGUGGGCCAGUACGGCCGGAUCUGGAAUGCACUGGUCACUGCCUUGCAGAAGAGUGAAGACACCACAGACUUUUUGGAAUUCAAAUACUGUGCCAGUCUGCGGACUGAGAUCUGCCAGGCGCUGAUUCACCUGCUGAGCGUGGCCAGCGCCUCAGACCUGCCCUGCGUCAGAGACUCCCUGGAGCUGAACAGGGACAUGGUCCAGUCCUAUGUCCUGCAGUUUUUAAAGUCUGGAGCAGAGAGAGAUGACACUGGGGCACCCCACAGCUCCCAGGAAAGAGGCCAGAUGGUCAGAACGGCCCUGGAGCACAUACGCUGUGUCCAGGCCCUGCCCGGAGACACGUCCAAAGGCGCCCUGGUGGGCUUUUUAGAAACGGUCCUGACACAGCAUUCCCACUCGUCAGCGUCGCCAGAAGCACCCCUGGAACAGACAGCUCGGUGAAUGUGCAGUAUCUACCUCCCAGGUGUCUGGAGGGAGUCGGAAGACCACGUGUGAGGCUCAGUUAAAACGUACAAAGGGUUUCCUUUCAGGGGAAGAAGGAGGCCAUCCACUGUUUAUGGAGAAUGAGCUGACAGCGAUUUCAGUUUCUCCAGGAGCCUGGCUGCUGUGGAGAGCGGGCCUGUGUUGUGGGUGUGUUCCGGGCUGUCGGGAUCUCCGACCUAUUCACCGGGAACCAGCAAGUUAGGAUGUGAGUGGGUUGUGAAGUAUGUAUGGUCAAAGAAUUGGCGUGUAAAAAAUAACUUAAAAAUUAGAACGUUUCUAGUUGUGUUAUGUUUCUAUGUUUCUGGGAAGUAUUCUCUUUUAUAAUAAACAAGUGAAAACCAGAUCUGGUUUUUGUCAAGUCGCGUUUAUGGCAAGCUGCAAAGAGCUAACAUUUGGCCAGUUUAUGCUUUUAUAGCUGCUUUCGUUGCUAAAAUACAGCCUGAACAGGACACCCACUGUGCGCCUCCCAUGAUCUGCUGGACCAAGAGUUAACUCCUGGCAUGCAGGGCCAUUCCCUGAGCCAGCACAUGACCACUGACUCCACUUCCCAGAGUCCUGGAGAGGGUGGUCCCCUGUGCUCCAUGGAUGCGAACACUGCCCUCUUAGAGUUUGUGCCUUUAAGAGUUUUUAUAGGACCACACCUAGUGACACUGCCAGUGCUGUGGACCCUGGGCUCACCCCAGCAGUUAGGAGGGGAACAUUUUUUUUUAGUGAAACAAAAUAGUUUUAUUGAAAGAAAUUUAUUUAGAGAGAUUAUGAGGAGAGAGAGAGAGAGAGAGAGAGAGAGAGAGAGAGAGAGAGAGAGAGAGAGAGAGAGAGAGAGAGAGAGACCACAGGCUUCUUCAGAGUAGAAGAAAGGGGAGAUAAUGGCUUUUAGGAGAAGGUUACAUACAAUAUCUCCAAAUUAUCUUGGUCUGGGCUUUUUGGUUUUACAUCACUCAAGGCAGUUUUUAAAGCAAAAUAUCACCAAAGAACUCUUGGGAUUUAAACUAUGCAUUCAUCUCUUGAACACUAACUUUAUAUUGGUACUGAUUUGAGUCCGGAAGUUUGAGAUCUGUAAGACUCAAUUCAGAUAGCCCACGCUUCUUAUUUGAUGUGGGAUAAAUCAAAAGUUUGCAGAGGUGCUGAAAUCAUGUCAUUCUAUUUUACUGUGAUGUUGACGGUAGUUCUGGCUAGGGCUAGCCUAUGUGUGAGGGCUGCCUCCUCCGCCCACCCCCAGUUCUCCUUCACACAAGUGAAGAUGCAAUGUGUGCCGUCAGCUCACAGCCUGGCUCAGUUCCAGUGUGAGUGUGUAUGUGUGAGCUGGCCCCAGGAUGACAGGUGUCCUCUCUGGGCUUGGGGCCUGUGUGUGCCCAAAGAAGCCAGGGGGGCGCUCCUUGAAAUAAAGCCGGAUGGAGAAUGAACGAAGAGGUGAACACAAAUGAAGGCUUACUGUGAAGUGCUCUGGGUCUUCAUUUAAAACUUUGAUGAUGUUUUGGUAGCAGAAGUCUGCCAGAUCAACUUAAUUCUUGCUUCUGUCAAUCAGCCCACACCCACAUGGGUUGUGUAUUGUAUCACUGUUUCCAAAAGCCUGUUGGCCUGGAGGACCUCCUCUAACUAGAAUGGGUUUGGGUGAGAUGUUCCACUGUUAUUAUUUACUUUGGAAUCAUGUUUAAGGGCUCAUGCUUGGUUUCCCUUCUUUUUGCCUUUAGGUUGUAUUUUUUCCUGCUUUGAUGUUGGUUGCUCAGCACGUGCUAUCUAGCCGAGGCUGGGAAACAGUGAAACAGGCAUGGUUUCUCAUUGGUCAAGGAUCAGUUUCCAAAAAAUGAGACAACAAGCACACACACAAAAAAAACUUCCAGUACAGAAUAUUCCUGAAGUUUGCUUUUCUUCAGCAAUAGUUGAACCAAAAAUGUUUUCAGGGGGCCUGAGGACUGAGAUGAAUUUGCAGGAACCCAGUGAGUCCCAAUGAACUUGCAGGGACCCAAUGAGAAACCCUGGAACUUCCUUCCCUUGAGCAUGUUCUUAGUGGUCACUUGUUUACUUUGUCAUAAAAAUUAAAAUAUGGCAUCUAUAGCUAAUACCUCUGGGUUGUUGAGCUUUCAUUGGUUGGUUUCUUAAUAAAAUAUGUUAAAUGACUUGAUGUUUUUGUUUGAUGAUUCUUACUCUUGAAUAAAAUAUUAUUUCACUUUA